AUGCCACACACGACUGGCUUGACGCACGGUGCCACCAGCAACCCCCAUCCCAGUGGCAACACUCAAACUUCUUUUCACCAACAACAUCACAACCAGGGGCAACAGGGUCAUGGUGGUCGCAUUUCUCACAAGGAAAGUCAGGUCCUGGAUGACAUUGAUCGCGAGGCGUCGAAUGUGUGCGAGUUCAUGGAAGAUCAGCUGUACUUCAUGUGGACAGCAACAAAUCCGAUCAGCACUCGUCGGACAACCUACUUGACCAUCGACAACUACCUCCAGUACACCGCAUUCUUCUCAGACUUUGGACCAUUCGAUAUUGCGGAUGUCUUUCGAUUCUGUUGUCUCAUGAAGGAGCGCCUAGAGAUGCUGCUGCAUGAUAUGACACCGGAGGAGGCGUACGUGCCUGUCGAGUACAUAUAUCCAUCUAUUACCUCAUUUCGGGACGCAGGAUGUGGACCUGUCACAUACACGCUCUCUAUCUUGGACUGUUUGCGUGGACUUCGCAAGGGGCUGGACCAAGGGUUGCUCAGGCUGGACAAGUUCAACGUCAAGGAGUAUGAGCACUAUGAGCGCGUGUCGAACGGAGACUUCAAUUGGAUCACGCCGUUCUUUAUCGCUUUUGCAGGACCAAAGGACAAGAUGAAGCGAGAGGCGCUUUUGAGGCACGAUGCUAUUAGAGCAGCAGCAGGGAUAAGCGCGCCUUCGGAGGAAGUGUCAGACGAGACGGAUUCUUCUUCCAAAUUCUCGUUUUCGUCAUCUUCAUCUUUAUCCCAAAAGUCGUCGGCAGAGUCGUCGCGGUCAUCUACGCCAUCUUCAACGCAGUCAUCGACGGGGUCAGAGAUGUCGAUAGGAUCUGGAUCACAUUCAGAAGGAUCGUCAUCGUCAGGGUCAGGAGAAUCACAGCAGAGCCAAGAAGUCACCCAAAUGGAGUGUCCUCUGUCCAUCUCUAUGGAAGCCUCCUCGAUCGAUGCCAAGUCCUCAACAACUCCACCCCAACAGCAGCAGGUGUAUGACUCUGAUACGGACGUUGCUCAGAGAGUUAAGAGCAAAAGGCAGCGAACGCGGCUCAACAAGAGUUUCCGGAGUGUCCUCGGCUACUUUUCGACCCAUAACGUCCAGUGCAUCAUUCGUCUGAACGACAAGACCUACGACAAGGCUCACUUCACGGCUCGCGGGAUCGAGCAUGUGGACAUGAUCUAUCCGGACGGGACUUGCCCGCCUUGGUACAUUGUUGAGCGGUUCUUUGAAGUUUGCGAGAGGGUUGCUAUGGAUCAUGGAGGAGUCGUGGCGGUACAUUGCAUGGCAGGUUUAGGGCGGACGGGCACAUUGAUUGGUGCCUAUUUGAUGAGGCACUUUGACAUGACGGCUCGUGAGACGAUUGCGUUCCUGAGGUUGAUGCGACCGGGCAGUGUUGUGGGGCCGCAACAGAACUGGUUGGCGGAGAACGAGUGGCGGAUCCGUAAACGGGAUUAUCAACACCCGCCGUCCCAGCAACCACAGAAUGGGCAGAGUAUGCAGAGUGUGCAGGAGGAACGGCAGAAGGAGAUUCAUGAUCGAUUGGUGAAGAUACAACAGUCGCAUGGGUUGACACCGAACAGCACAAGGACUUCGACGACGACGACACCUGCAGGAUCGACAAUACAUACCCCUGGGACAAACUAUGAGCAGGUGUUCUCGAGAGCCAACUCUGAGGGAUUGGAGUCAACGUGGUCUGAGGUUGCAGACGAGGUGGAAGGUGGGCCUUUGACUGUGCUGGAUGGUGAUGAUGAUGACGAGGAAGAGGCAGAAACGAGCGGGUUCGAGGACAUGACGACUACUGAGGAUGAGAGCAUGGAGGAGAGCAACAUGGCAGAGGACACUGAUGAGGAUGAGGAGGGAGGCGAGUAUGGACUUCACUGGGAUCGAACUUCUCAUUCUUCAAGCUUUUUAAGGCCAUCUCCGUUGAGGGCACAGCAUUCGCGUCGUGUUUCGAUUGGAAGUCUCGACAGUCUCACGUCUGCGUUUGAGCGGGACUCUGUCACCGAUGACGGCCAGGGUGCAGGUGAUGGAGAUGUUGAUAUGGGCGGGGUGGAUAUUGCUGCUGCAACAGUUGCUGUGACACCAGAACUUGAGCAGCCGUCCUUGUUGAAGGAGCAUAUCGGAAACUCAGACUAUAUCAUCCCAGUUCAACCCAGGAAACAGGACCUCUCCCCACUCCGUGAUCAUGACCACCACCACGAGCAACACCAUCACCACCAACGACAGGCUAGUGGCAGUUCUACUAGUUCACAGGUUCUGAGCGACACUACUACCCAUCGAACCCACAGCGUCCACCAUGGCCACCACCACCGAUCCAGCGGGCAACAUGAAUACCAUCAUCAUGACGACAACAUUCGCACGCCAGGAGGAGGAGCAAGAAGACUUUACGGCAAGGAUAGUUUUUUGAGUCCCUCCGAUUCGUCUUCGUCUUUUGCUGCUGCAGUACCCUCCGUAACUACGUCGACAUUAUUUCCUUCUUCAGUCCCAGCCUUCUCUUCAGCCUCGCAGGGGAGUAUUAUCGAGAGUGACAGCGGUAGCGAUGAUCAGGGUCAUUUUGGCCAGGGCCCUUCUUCUGACGGAAGAUCAGCAGCGAUAGGGGCGUCUGCGCUGGCACAUGUUUCGAGGACUGGUGGUGGUACGAUAUCCACAGGAGGACAAGCAUCCACAACUGGAGAAACAGCAACAAAGGUAGCGAUAACGACAGGGAGGGGAAACGCACAGGGCACAUUGCAUCAUGACCGUGCUUCUCUUCUUUCACCUUCCCCCACUGUUGAAGGGACUAAUGACGAUGCUCCCGGUCCGUCUGAAUUUGAAAUCGGAGAGAAUGCAUCACAGGCUGCGACAACUUUGCCGAAUGCAUUAUUGGUCGCGCCCUCUGCUGAUAACGAUAAGGCUGAGGGAGUAGAUAACCACCAGUCUCAUACGCACCCACAACAGCAGCACCAACGCCAUGGGCAUGGUCAGGAUCAGCGUCGCAGUCCGAGUGCUUAUCGACGUGAGGACAAGCAGAAUGAGCUUGAAGAGGAGGAGGAUCAUCGUCAUGUUUUGGCUCAAUUGCCACACCCUCCUCCUCCUCCUCACCACCACCCUCCUUACAAGCAGCACAAACAGGAGGUGCUUGACAGUCCGCCGUCGCUCAACAGUCCUGGAGGCAGUGGAGAAGGAGGUAGUACCGAGGAGGAGGAGGAGGAGGAACAAGGGGAUAAUGGCAGUGGAAGAGGAAUGAGGGAGCUGAGUCAAGAGACCCGUGCAAGUAGCGUCGAAAUGUGUCGAUAA